CGCUGCUCGAGUUUGAUGCGUCGGAAGGUCCGAACCCAAGUGAAGAACCUUACGUCUCUCUCUCCCGUUUCUCUCUGCUCUGAACUAAAAGUCCUAGAGAGAGAUAAGCAUUAACACAGACCCUGACCCUAACCAUAAUGGCGGCCAGUUCUGCACAAGCGAAUUUGGAAGACGUACCCUCUGUCGAUCUCAUGUCUGAGCUUCUCCGUCGCUUCAAGUGUUCCGACAAGCCAGACAAGCGCCUCAUUCUCGUUGGUCCACCUGGAUCAGGAAAGGGUACCCAAUCACCAAUUAUUAAGGAUGACUACUGCUUGUGCCACUUGGCUACUGGUGAUAUGUUAAGGGCUGCUGUUGCUGCAAAAACCCCACUUGGGGUUAAGGCUAAAGAGGCUAUGGAUAAGGGAGAACUUGUUUCUGAUGACAUGGUUGUUGGCAUUAUAGAUGAAGCUCUGAAGAAGCCCUCAUGUCUGAAAGGUUUCAUUCUUGAUGGAUUUCCAAGGACAGUGGUCCAAGCACAAAAGCUUGAUGAAAUGCUGGAAAAGAAGGGAGUCAAAGUUGAUAAGGUGCUCAACUUUGCAAUUGAUGAUGCAAUCUUAGAGGAGAGAAUUACUGGCCGCUGGAUACACCCAUCCAGUGGUAGAACCUAUCACACCAAAUUUGCACCUCCCAAAGUUCCAGGAUCUGAUGAUGUUACUGGAGAACCAUUGAUUCAGCGCAAGGAUGAUACUGCAGCAGUUCUCAAAUCAAGGCUGGAGGCAUUUCACAAGCAAACUGAACCAGUUAUUGAUUAUUAUUCCAAGAAGGGCAUUGUUGCCAAUCUUCAUGCAGAAAAAGCUCCCAAAGAGGUCACAACUGAGGUUCAGAAGGUGCUCACUUCGUGAAAGCAGCCUCCCUUUUACCUAUAAAUGCAUUGCUUUCUUUGAAAGCAUUGUAUUUUUUGCCCCAUUUUUCUGAUACAAGGUUGAAUUUUUCAACUGAUCUGAUUCACUUGACUUGAUUUUCCAAAUUGCACACGGCAGCUGCUGUCAACUUGUUGAGGUUUAAUCAAGUAACCUAUACAUAAUAUAAAUGCGUGGAACUGCACGCUGGUGAUAUACAUUUUUUGCGUUGUUGACAA